AUGCCCGGACGCCGCUACGAGCCAGAGGUAGCCGCGCAGACGACUUCUCGCCGACUGCGCUUGCGCAACGCCACUUCCCGCGCCACCGUCACUCGCCCGCCUCGCCAGUCGACGCCUAGCAUCUCAAAGACUGUUUCUGUGGCAUCUGAACAGAGAGCGAGGUCGAAGGAGGGGCGAGACACGCGCGACUCGCUAACCAACGUCGACUCGAAGAGUUUGCGCUCGUCGUCGAGCUCGUCCGCAAGCGGCCUCGUCCACUUCGCCUCGCGCACAAAGCGCGUCUUCUCGAAGCUCGUCAAGCCGAACUCGCACAAGCUUCGGGCCGCCCCUCGCGUCCGCUCGCAAGACGUCCACACCUUCCACUAUGCCUGGUUCGAGACGCCGCCGCUCGACGUUUUCGAGAAGAAGGAGCGCGAAUCGCCGUUCGCUCGCUUCGGGAUCGGCUCGAGGCGCACUUCCUCCUCGAGCGACUCGACCACGGUCGACUCGUGCGAGUUCGGAACUCCGACUUUCCGCGUGCAAUGCUCGCUCGACAUCCCGCCCCUCCCCGACUUCCUUACGAAGGCCCUCGCCGGGGUCGAAGGUGACGACUCGCUGGUCUGGGCUGAACCGGACGACCUCCUUGCUUCCAUCUUUCCUCCUGCCUUCGAGCCCCCUGGCACCCCUCGCAUUCCCUGCGUCGACCUCCCGGCCUGCGACAACACGCUCCCUGUCCCUUCGACUCUCGACCUCCCGCGCGCGCUCGCCGACCGUCUCGUCUCCUCCCUCUCACCUUCUCACCCCCGUGAGCCCUCCCAGCCCUGCAAGGUAACGUCCCGCUUCAGCGACUGGACUCCGACCGUCGCCUCCGUCUCCUCCCUCUCGAACACCCUCCCCUCCUUCGCUCUCGACCCGCCCUCCCGCCCUCCUCCGCCCUACAGCCACGUCCGCACGCUCUUCCCUCCCCGCCCUUCACCCCUCGGACGGAUCGACUCGGGCGAGGAGGUGGAGACGAAUAAGCGGGAUGAAGAGGAAGCGAGGAAGGCGCGCGAGGCGCUCAAGGGGGCUUUUACGGAUCUCGCAGACGUCAGGUUGUUGUUGAAGACGACGUCUCGUGAUGGGCAGAGGACGGGAAGGACGAGCGAGACGGGCGGGUGGGACGAGGCGCGCAUGGAAGUCUCGAGGGGACGGUCGUCGAGUAGGAGUACCACGACGAGGAGGUCCGCGGUCCAGCAUAUCGAGGUCGGCGCGGGCGACUAG